AUGACACCACCCAUUGUCAUGUCCCGUCCCCCGAGAAAAGUGGCCGACGAGGUGAUCUUCAACGACCGGAAAUACCACCCUCAGUAUCCGCCGUCGGAACAGUUCGAUGUCUUGACCAUCACCCAGGCCUUGUUCAAGCUCGGGCGCAAGAAGGAUACAAGUACAGAUACCAAGAUCAAUGAGGCCAGCCUGCGCAACUUUGCCGCGAUCUACCCCCGCUUGUACCAAGUCCCUCAUAAAUCGCAGGCCCGUUUCCGAGCCUGGAUGAGCGAGAAUGAAGAAACCAUUCGGGGCUGGGAUGUGGGUGACUUCUUCAAAACCCCGGCAGAUGACGCCCGCGACCGCACGAAACCCAGGGAGCCCGGCUGCCCCGUGGAGGUGAUGGAGGCUUGGAAGCGCGCCAUCGAGGGAGAGGAACAGACGGACCAGAUGCCUGUGAACCAAGAGCUACCGGCGAAUGGUAGCGACAAUGGCACCGAUAAUAACCAAGCCAGCAACAGCGGCAGUGGCGGCGGCAGUGGUGAGAUCGCUCCGUUCAUUGACCAGGGGUCCGUCUUUGACUGCGCAGUGCCACCCCCCGCGACUGGAUACGCACAAGGUUACGAACAAGGAUACCAGGGCGCAAUGGCCCUCCCAGCUCUCGAGGCGUCUUUGGGCAUGAUCAAGGAGGCGGCCUCCCGACUAGAACAGCUAUCCGACAGCUUCCACCUGGUGGACGGCGACGCGGUCAAGCAAGAGCUGCUGGCGCUCGCGGAGACGAUCACCACCAACGUGGACGGCGCGAUGCAAGCAGGGGGUAUCAUCUCUCAACCGAUCGCCGGGGAAGCCGUCUCGGGGCGGGCUGGAAGGAAGCGGCGGCUCAGGUCACUCGCCGACGAGGGCGAAAACGAAAACGAAGACGAGGACAAGAGCCAACGGCGCAUCAAAGCAAGGCGCCUACAAUCGGACCCUGCCAGCCUCGAAACCGAGCAUGGCCUCGCUGGCGAGCACGGGUCAUCCGGCGGCGGCUCGAGCGGCGGUCCCAUCGCCGACGCGUUCCAGAACGACCAGAGCAGCCCAGCAAAGGACGUGCCGCCGCCCCGAGUCGACCCCAUGGAACUUCCCAUCGACCCACGGCUGUUCCUGGACCCCGACCAGCUGCCCAACGAGUAA